UCUGAAGUAGCUGAAAUGCGAAAAAGGCAGCAAUCGCAAAAUGAAGGAACACCAGCUGUGUCUCAAGCACCUGGAAAUCAAAGGCCCAACAAUACCUGCUGCUUUUGCUGGUGCUGCUGCUGCAGCUGCUCCUGCCUCACCGUCAGGAAUGAGGAGAGAGGAGACUCUGCGGGGAGACCCCCACACACCACCAAGAUGGAGAGCAUCCAGGUCCUAGAGGAGUGCCAAAACCCCACUGCAGAUGAAGUCCUGUCCUGGUCUCAAAACUUUGACAAGAUGAUGAAGGCGCCUGCAGGAAGAAACCUUUUCCGUGAGUUCCUUCGAACAGAAUACAGCGAAGAGAACUUACUCUUCUGGCUAGCCUGCGAAGACUUAAAGAGCGAGCAGAACAAAAAAGUCGUUGAAGAAAAGGCCAGGAUUAUAUAUGAAGACUACAUUUCUAUACUGUCACCAAAAGAGGUCAGCCUCGACUCUCGAGUUAGAGAGGUGAUCAACCGGAACCUGCUGGACCCUAGCCCUCACAUGUAUGAAGACGCCCAGCUUCAGAUCUACACCCUGAUGCACAGAGAUUCUUUCCCAAGAUUCUUGAACUCGCAAAUCUAUAAAGCUUUUGUCGAAAGUACUGCCACCUCUACUUCUGAAUCUUAAUUUUCAUUUGAAAGGCCAAAAAAAAAAAAAAAAAAUCAUUUCAGAGGGCUGGGCUGGGAAAUAAAAGUAGUUAAGUAACAUCAGAAAUUAAGUUUCUGGAGAACUACAGGUUGGCUGCUGGGAAAAGACAACUGUGAAGGUCUUUUGUCUCCAUUUUUAAUCAAGGUUAUCCAUGAUUCUGUUGGAGGAAAGCCUAUAUAAUACAAUGAAUUGCCAAAUUGUUUGUUUGAUUCAAUACUUGCUGUACUUGCAAGCAAACCGUGCUCCUCGUCCUCCGAUCAGCCCCCUAGUGCAUCCCCAGAGGCUGCAUGUGCAAAGUAAAACUGCUUUGUCUGCCACUUAGCUGUACUAUAUAUCAGUAGCAUUCCUUGUAUCUGUAUUUAAGGACUUUUGUGCAAUAUGGUCUCUUAGAAACAAUUGCCAACAAAUUGGCUGUGGUUUGCAUUUUUUAAGCAUAAUCUGAUUUUUUUUUAAUGGCUAUUUUAAACACAUAACAGUGAUAUUUAACCAUGCUGCAUACUGUGUGUAGUAUACGGACUUUGAAGCCAAUUUUUCUGUACAUGAAAAAAAAAGUAGCUGUUUAUCUCUGCCGGUUGAAGGAUCUUAUCAUGAGAGACCUCUGGUUGUUCAUUGCCCAAAUUCUGGUGUUUUCAUUUCAGAAGAGUUUGCUAUGUUUAAAAA